AUGCCGCCAAAUAAACGCAAGCGGGAUAUCCUCGACUUCGACCCAAACAAGUCUGACUCGGAAGACGAAAACUUCCAGCCAGAUGUCGAUCGUCCGGCCCGUUCGCGCAAGAAGUCUCGCCCCACAAAAUCUGGCAAAGGCCCCAGCCGCACAAGGCGCAACAAGUAUCGUGGUUCCGAUAUCGAGGACGACGAAGAAGAAUCCGAGAGUGGUGGAGAAGAAUCAUUCGAUGAGCCUGAAGAGGACGACGAAGACGAAGAAGAGCUGCCUGUCAAUCAGAAUACAGGCCGUCGCAUGAGGAAAGCUGCUGUAAAGCAACAGACUUACAGGGAAAGCUCAGAGGAAAGUGCGGAUUCAGACUCGAGCUCGGACGGAAAGGACGAGCUCCAAGAGCAGGGUUCCAACGCCAAAUCGCCCCGCCCCUCCAAAAUUGUUGUCCUGCAGGUGCGUAAGACUCGCGCUGGAUCUACAAAGGCCAUGCCCACAACGACUCGUCGAACCCGUGCCCAAACCGCCGACGCAGAUGAGGAGCUUGUUGAGCUCUCCAACUCUGGCAAGCACGUCAUGCCGGCACGCGGCUCCAAGAGUAUUAGUCCUGAGGCUGCAUCACGGAUAACGCGAGCAACUCGCGGAGGAAAGGGCCUCAUGAGAUCACCCCCACCCCCAAUUGAAGAGGCAACUCAAGAAAGCAGUCCUCGCAAGGGCAAUGCAGAGAAUGGCGAAGAGCAAGAAGAGCUCAAAGUGCCGGAAGUUGAGCUCUUGUCUGAUAUGGACCCCGCCGAGAGCACUGUGAAAGACGAGGAUCACCCCAUGGAAACAGUGGAGCCCGAAGAAGCCGAUGAUGAAGACGACGAAGUGCUCGUCUCACGCCGAACGCGAGGCAAUCGCCCCACAGUAGCCGACGACGCCGAAGAGGAGGAACCCGGUAAUACACGUAGCCGCCGCCUGACACGCAAGUCACGCUCCAAGAAAUCACUCCAGGAACCGAGUAGCGACUUUGAGCCAGGCAAUGACUCUGGGGACGACAACGAAUCUGUCGCCAAUCAAGCGCAGAACGUCGCCGAUGAUGGAAACGAAACUACCCCUUCGCGCGGUCGUAAGAAUACUCGCGGCCGGGGCCGAUCAGCCAAGGCGUCCCAGCGUGAUGAUUCAGGCGAUGAGGAGGUAGAGCUUGACCGUGAUGAGAUGGCUGAAGAGCUUGAAGAUCUGCGAGGAAGCUCGCAAUCACGCCGGCCUCGUCGCCGCCGCCAGCGCUCACCGUCCUUGCGGGCCGAGAGUGUUAGGGGUAAACGGAAGCGGAAUCUUGUGAAUUAUAGUAUAAUGCCACCUCGAGAUGCCGUGGAAGAAGAAGAAGAGGCGCAAGCCCCCAACCCUAGCCCGGCUCGGCGUGGCCGUAGGGGCGCUGCCGCCGGCUGGGACCGCACUCUACAUACAAUUGCCGGUCCUUUUGGUGGUGUAAACAUCAAUGGCCCAGGUGCUUUGUUUAGUGGGCCUUGGGGCACUGGAGCCACUGGAGGUGUUGAUUCGGACAGUAGCGACGAUGAAAUGGGCGGAAGAUCGGGCCUGACAGGCCCGACUGCAGGUGAUGUAGGAAAGACGCCCACCAUGGCAGCCCCCCCAGGCUUCCUAGGAGGACCUGGCCAGGCACUCAACGUCGACGGCGGAGCUUCUGGCCUGACCGCUGCUCCCAACGUUGGCAAGGUCAAGAAUCAAAAGGCAUAUGCGGACGCCGACCCACUCGGCGUAGACCUCAACGUUGAUUUCACCAAGGUUGGAGGCUUGGAGGGUCACAUAGACCAGCUCAAAGAAAUGGUGCAGCUCCCUCUGCUGUAUCCAGAGCUUUUCAUGAAGUUUCACGUUACUCCCCCGCGAGGAGUCUUGUUCCACGGACCGCCCGGUACUGGUAAAACACUUCUUGCUCGUGCACUUGCCAACUCGGUUGGUAUUGGUGGCAAGAAGAUCACCUUCUACAUGCGCAAGGGAGCCGAUGCGCUCAGUAAAUGGGUGGGUGAGGCAGAAAAGCAGCUUCGUCUUCUCUUUGAGGAAGCCAGAAGAACGCAGCCCAGCAUCAUUUUCUUUGAUGAGAUCGACGGACUUGCACCUGUUCGGUCUAGCAAACAAGAACAGAUCCAUGCCUCGAUUGUUUCAACCUUGCUUGCCUUGAUGGACGGCAUGGAUGGGCGAGGCCAAGUCAUUGUGAUUGGUGCCACGAAUCGUCCGGACAACAUCGAUCCAGCCCUGCGCCGUCCUGGCCGCUUCGAUCGGGAAUUCUACUUUCCGCUGCCCGACGUCGAUGCACGGAAGGCCAUUAUCGACAUUCAUACCAAGGAUUGGGGCAUUUCUGACGAUUUCAAACGCUCUCUGGCUCGUGAUGCCAAGGGCUAUGGUGGUGCCGAUUUGAGAGCCAUGUGCACUGAGGCCGCCAUGAAUGCGAUCCAACGAACGUACCCCCAGAUCUAUUCUUCAAAGGACAAACUGAUAGUCAACCCGGAUAAGAUUGACAUCCAGAUGACAGAUUUUGUACUGUCCAAGAAAAAGAUUGUGCCGUCCUCUGAGCGCGCAACGACAUCUUCAGCCGCAUCACUCCCAAAGCCCAUCGAGCCGCUAUUACACGACCAACUCAGACAUAUUCAAACCAUCUUGGACGACAUCUUGCCUCGAAAGAAGAAAGUCACUGCCCUCGAAGAAGCCAUGUUUGAACCUUAUGAUGAUGAGGACUUUGGCUUCGCUAGAGAAGCUCUGAACGAGGAAUUUGAAAGAUCACGUGUGUUCCGCCCACGGCUUUUGAUCUGCGGUUUGCCGGGAAUGGGUCAUUCCUAUCUGGCUGCUGCCGUGUUGCACUAUCUGGAAGGUGUUCACGUUCAAAACUUCGACCUCCCCACAAUCUUGGGUGAUUCACGAUCUGCGGAACAGGUCCUAGUGGGAUUGUUCACAGAAGUGCGGCGCCACAAACCAAGCGUGAUUUUCAUUCCGAAUGUCGAUACUUGGUAUACGACACUGGAAGGACCGGCUCUUACAGCAUUCCUCAGCAUGUUACGCUCAAUUCCUCCCACCGAUCCUAUCUUGGUACUGGGUACAUCAGAAACCGAGGUCCAGCAUCUCCCAUCAGACCUGAAAAGGGAUCUUUUCGGAUUUUCUAGGAAGAACAGCACAGAGAUUGCUCGGCCGACUAAGGACAACCGACGCAAGUUCUUCUCCAUGAUCAUAUCCAACAUCCAAAGGUUCCCUAGGGAGUUCCCAGAUCCUGCUAAUCGCAAGAGGAGGGUUUUAGAACAACUUGAAGUCGCCCCACCUCCCCCACCAAAGGUUCUUACGAAAGAAGAAGAAAAGGCAGAGUGGCUCAAGUACCGCCAGCUCCUUAACUACUUGAAGGUCCACAUCCAGCCAAUUAUGGAGCAGAUCAAUAGAAAGUACAAGAUCUUUCGUGCGGCACCUAUUCCGCACUCUCACUAUCAAUACCUCUUCGACGAGCAGGAUCCCAAUUACGUUCUGCCGGACGUGGAGGGGGCAAUUGAUCGGCCUUACUUGAUCGCCAAAGACAAGGAUGGCAUUCAGGGUCUUCGCGAAACAGCAACUGGAAAGUUCUUCUACAAUAUCGACGUCCAGACUAUUGAGGAGCGUCUCGCCAACGGAUUCUACACCAAGCCCUCCGAAUUCUUGCGUGAUAUCCGUGCUCUGGAGAAGGACGCCAAAGCUAGUGGCGACAGAAUGAGGAUACUCAGAGCCAGUGAGCUAUUGACAAAUGUGGAAGUCGAUGUUAGCGACAUUGAAAAGGUUCGCUUGCCUGGUGUUCCUUGGGAUGAGUUAUAUGAGGCCGAGAAGCGGCGACGGGCUGCAAAAGCCGAGAGAGCCCGCAAGAAGUUGGCAAUGCAGUCAGUUGUAGACAACGCCACUUCUGGCACGGGCACUGGCACAGGUCAGGGCGUUGAAACUCCAAAACUGCACACGACAACUGCGCGCUUCCAGGUCAUGAGCCCCUUGCCCAACGGGCUAGAUGGGAGCUCGGGAUCCCAUAACCACACCAAUGGCACAUCUAUUCCCUCCGGCGUCGUGAGCGAAGAUGUUCAAAUGACAGAUGCCGAGACUCAACUAGAGUUUGAUGGCUCGCCAAUGCAGCCACCAUCUCAAUGGCCGAAGAUGCCACCCCGAGCUUUGAACCUCUCUACAAGGGCGACAACAGGUGGUACAACCCAGCUAUCCCAGGUCUCUGCAGUACAGUCGCUUCCUGCCGGCGUCUCUCCCUCCGCACUCGCGAACGAUGCUUCAACGACCAAGACAUCGGACCCAUCAAAUAGGUCUUCUAAUUGGAGCACACAAGUCACAAACGGACUUCCCCAAGAGCAGAUGAGCCCUGAACAGCUGCCGGAUACUCAGCCAUAUCAGAGUCAGACAACGUCGAGCGACGAACAGUGGCCACACUCGCAAGCGCAUGGUCUCGCCCGUGGCGUCAUUCAAGCCCCCGAGUAUUCGGCAAGCUCACACAACAAUACUUCCCUGGGCGCGGCAAGGUCGUCCAAUGCCGCUAGUGUGGCCAACCUUCUCAACGACCCUCUGCCGGAUGAGCCGUCUCAAUCUCAGAGGCACUCGGGCGGGUCUUCGGCUUCUCAGCAGCAAGUCGAGAUGGACGAGACUUCCGGUGCCAUCUUUUUGGCGCAGCUUACCGCCCGUACCUCUGGUUGCACCAUCGAACAGCUUGAGCAGCUUACUCGUGAAAUGAUGUCCGAGAUAUGGCGCACCAAGGGCGAGCAUAACCGGAUGAAGGUGCUGGAUGCUGUCACUCGCGUCUUCAACGAGUCCAUCAACGACAUUGAGACUAUGCAGAGUGUGUUUCAGUUGAGUCAGUAA